AGCCCUUGCCAAGAGGAUCCCUGUAAGGGUGAUUCUUCAUGUGUUAAUCUGCAUGAUAGCCGGUUUUGCCUGUGUUCAGAAGGGUAUUACUAUAACUCUCAUACAUGCGAGAAAGGAAAGAUAUUCCCUGGUACGAUUAUGGCCAAUAUAUCACCUACAUCUGACUUAGAAGAUAGAAAUUCUGUGGCCUAUCAGGAAUUAUACUUUAACAUUACUAGAUUUUUUGAAAAGGCAUUUGACAGUUCUGAUUACGGGCAGACUGUAAUUGAUAAAUUAAGCACAUCUCCUUCAGCAAGAUCUGCAAUGCAUACUGUUGCCAUAGCAGUAGUAAACAUUUUUAUGGAAACUACAAAACAAACUGAAGAAAACGUAUCACUUGCCAUUGAAAGAGCAAUAGAACACAGUGCAACUGAGUUUACAGGAUACAUCAAGCAAGAGCGGUGUGAUUAUUAUGGUUGUGAGAAAGAGAAUGGGCAAGAUGACUGCACCAGUGGUUUACUAUGUCAGUGCAAACCGGGGCUGCUGAGACCGAACCCACAGAUCCCCCUGUGUGUUGCUUUGUGUCCUGAUGACUGCAACACACAGAACAAUAAGCAAUGCCUAGUGAAGGACAGCAGGAACUCUACCUGCGUGUGCCUGCCAGACUACAAGGAAGAUGAUCAUGGGAUCUGUCAACCGUGUGCGUUUGGCUACAGCGGAGUUGAUUGUGAAGACCCAUUUCAGCUGAUCCUCACGAUCGUGGGCACCAUUGCUUGCAUCCUCAUUCUCGGCUUGGUGAUCGCAUUCAUCAUCUCAGCGAGUUCAAAGAACAAAAGGAGGAAUGUGGAAGAACAGAACUUGAUUGAGGACAAUUUUCAAAAUCUGCAACUGCGGAAUACCGGCUUUAGCAAUCUAGGAGCAGACGGGAGGAUCUUCCCUAAGAUCAACGUGAACCUGCCCAGAGAGAGUGAGCCACAGAAUCCCUACGUAGUCCCGGGCGGUAUACCCCGCGCACACUAUUAGAACGGUAAAAAUUUGGAACCAUCCAUGGCCCCUCAACCCAACGUAUGAGCUUUUAUUUUGAGUGUUUCAAAGACUGAUGGAGAAGGGAGCAGCCAUGAAGGUCUGGCCUUUGGUAUUUCUCUUCCAUCCAGCCUCUCUGAAUGGAAGUUGUGACUGUUUGCAAUGAAUACAGCUUGUUUGCUAACUAAGUACCUAUGAAAUUAAAUGCACAUAGAUGCUAUUAGUAAGCAUCCAUACUUAAGAUAGUUGAUUUGCUCCGAUCAGUACAAUAGUUAGGUUUUUUUUUUUUCCUGGCUGUGCAACAGUAAUCAUUCUAUCUAUCUAGAGGGAAGCUCCCCAGGAUUUUUCACUCCUGAAAGAGUCUAGAAGAGUGUUGCUUUGAGUUGAUACCCUGUAGAUAAGUGACGUAUUCUGGGAGACUCUUACACAUCAGCUGUGGAGGUCCCAGGAGAUGGGAGGACAUACCAUCCUUGAAGAUGCUGAGGUUCAUUCUCUGGCAAGUUAAAACAGGGAAGCUCCUUCUUUUCCUCAAAUGUAGGGAUUUCAUUACCCUUGAACUGCCAGGAACUUGUGACCUGUGUUCAAAUCAAGAGGACAGAUAAAAAGAGACAGGUCUCUUAGCUUUUUGGGAGCAGUUACUGGCAAUCCAGGGCCUUCUUAAUGUCAACUAGAAGGCCUGAACUAGAAAUGUCCUCUGCAGGGGUACGUUCUAGAGGGUUUGAAAUGCCGGUGGGUAGGGGAGUCAGUGGGGAAAAAUGUGACCAGGAGAAGGAGGAACAGAGGUAGAAGGAAGCUGGGCUGGAGGCUGAGUAAGGGAGAAGGUACCCAGGGCCCACCUUCAUCCUCAGAUUCCCCUCCUCAAUGAGCAAAUGGGCAUUUCCUCUAAUUCGUGCCCUACCCAAGAUUUAGAACCUAGGAGAGGAUGUGAAGACAGAGCCCCCAGAGCAAGAGCUUGAAGUCACUUUGAAAUUGUAGACAUUCUGACUGGCUCCUGGUGAGAGAGGGAGCUUGGGCUCUGGAUCCAAACGUUCAGCCUCGUGAUACAGACUCCAGAGGUAUUCCACCAAAGCCUCAGCCUUCCCUGGGGACAGAGCCUUAGCCGUGGUCACGAACACACACACACAGCUAAGAAUGGGGACAGCCACCUCCAGCACAGGCUUUCUUUAAUGUUAGUAGUAUCCUUGUUUAUGUCUAAUGUCUGGUCUCUUUGCAAGUUAUUUUUAUUUGUUGUUAUUAUUUGUUCUUGACUGUUAACUAUAAGCAGUAACAAAUAAAGUGUCUUUAAUAGAUGGUCCUCCCUUGUGUUUGGGACUUUGGGUGAUGCACAUAGCAGUUAAGUUUCACUUUCAAUAGCAAACAUGACACAUGGUAAACCGAAUUGAUUAACAUCUGCUCAUUAGGGGCUGCUGGAUUACCCAAGGUAAUUUUUUUUUGUCAUGGAAUAGACAUUUUUGGCUGCUUCCUCAGGCGUAUCCCACAACUCUUCCAUUUUGAAGCAACCAAGCAUUUUGGGUGGGAUUGAUCCGACCCCUAGCUCCAAAUGUAGGCCUUGGUUGGCCCAAGCCAAUCAGUGGAAUCCCAUGCCGGCUUGCCAGUGAUUGACUUAGCAAGCACAUGGCACAAGUGGAUAUGAUUAGAAUAAAUCUCAGAUGUUGGUAGGAGGCUUGGAGGAGGAGAAACUCGUCGUUCUGGAGAGCGGGGUUGAGGAGGUGAGGCCUCGAACUGCUUCAGUUUUGCUGAGCUGACACAUAGAGGAGGGCAAAGCUGAGAGAACCAUGGAAGAAUGGAGCUGGUGCUCUGAUCAGACCAUCCCUGAAGGCUCUGGACUUUACCGUUAGGACAGUUUGAGUAGUUGCUUCUGUUUUUGCAGGUGGAAGCAUCCUCACUGAUACAGCUUGUGAUUACUCUUGUGUUCUCAAGGCUAGCUGGUGAACAUAAUAAAAGAAACUCGUAUGACCUAUUAAUGCCCACAGUAAAAAUAUUAGUCAGCAAUCAAUAGGUUAACAGAAUUAAUGAAGACAUAACUUAAAAUUGGCUGACCACUGUAACUUGACAUCACAGUCUCUAGUUCUGACCUGCAUGUUACCUCCUUUACAUUUGAAGAUGAUUCUGGAUUUAGUGCUAAAAGUAGGCUAUUUGAACCUCUUUUCUUUCUUUUUUUUAAAAAAAUUUUUUAUUUAUUUAUUUAUUUGGUUGCACCGGGUCUUAGUUGCAGCAGGUGGGCUCCUUAGUUGCGGCUCACUGGCUCCUUAGUUGUGGCAUGCAAAGUUUUAGUUGCAGCAUGCCUGUGGGAUCUAGUUCCCUGACCAGGGAUCGAACCCGGGCCCCCUGCACUGGGAGCGCAGUGUCUUAUCCACUGCGCCUCCAGGGAAGUCCCUGAACCUCUUUUCUAAAGAGUCCCACCUCUCUCGUGGCCCUCUGCACUACACCAUGUCAGUUUCCAUCACUGCUCAAAGGUCCUGGGCCAUACAGAACUCUGGGCUUCAUGGACCAGAGUACAUCCAUUCUUGGGUGAAUUUCAUUGCUAUUGUUUGAAUAAAAAUAAUGCUCCAAAUAUGUAUAUGUGUAAUAUUUAUGAAAAUGGCUUUUGUCUCCAAAGUUGCUUUUGAUCUUACAUAAUAGAACGUGUAAUUCAUUUGUUUCCGCUCACUGGGACCUUUGCAAAGGUUUUCUAACUGACUGCCCUGCAACCUCACA